AUAGUGGACAAAUCCGGUGUUCACUCCCUAUCCAUAUGGUAUUGCCACUGCCCCAGAGCUCUAAACCCGGAUAUGCAGCUCUUUCAAGCAGGCUUGUUUCCAGCAUCCUUCAUCAGACCAAAAACUGCAUUUACAUUCUCCGUCUUGGACGACUUUCUGCUAGACAACCUUGAAUGUGGUACAUCAGCCAUGAAUUACUACAGUAAGAUCCAGAGGCUAACCUCCAGCAUCUUUCCAUUGAUGGUUCCA